AUGCUGUGGCCUAGGCUGGCGGCCGCCGAGUGGACGGCGCUGGCCUGGGAGCUGCUGGGCGCCUCCGUGCUGCUGAUCGCGGUGCGCUGGCUAGUGAGGCGGCUGGAGAAGCGGCCGAGGGGUCUGAGUCGGAGCGAGGCCUCCGCCUCCCCGCCCCGCGCCGUCCCGGCCCCGACUCCAGACCCCGGUGAAAUGACAAUGGAUGUUGUCUUGGCUCAGUUGAAACUCCUGAAUCCAGAUGACCUUCGAAAAGAAAUUGUCAAAGCCGGAUUGAAAUGUGGACCUAUUACAUCAACCACAAGGUUCAUUUUUGAAAAAAAAUUGGCUCAGGCUUUGUUAGAACAAGGAAAAUCCUUGAUUUCCUCUCCUAACCAAGAUGCAGCAGGCCUUGCACCUUUCAGCCAAGAAACACAAAGGAUUUUAACAUGUGCUGUGCAGAAUGCAGCUAAUAACCAGGCCACUUUUUCUGAAGACAAAGAUUUUGGCUAUAAUAUGGGCCUGAAUCCGCCUCAGGAAGAGGCCAUACUGCCCACGACCUGCUCGCCAUCCUUCAGUGCCCCCGCAGAGGUGGACACCCCCAGAACUCCUGUGGCCACCACUAAAGAACCCCUCCUGUACUAUGGGGUGUGCCCAGUGUAUGAUGACUUACCGGGGAAAACAGAGAGGGUUCAUGUUUAUGAGGAUAAAAAGGAAGCCUUGCAGGCUGUGAAGAUGAUCAAAGGAUCUCGGUUUAAAGCUUUUCCAAGCAGAGAAGAGGCAGAGAGGUUUGCUAGAGGAAGUUGCGAUUAUUUCCCUUCUCCAAGCAAAGCCUGCUUGCCGCUGUCCCCUGUGAGAGCAGCCCCAGCCAUCAGCAACGGUGGGCUCAAAGAUGAUUUGUGCUUAUCAGAGUCUGAAACUAUCAACAAAGAACGUGCCAACAGUUACAAAAACCCUCGGACCCAGGACCUCACGGCCAAACUGCGGAAGGCUGUGGAAAAGGGAGAAGCAGACACCUUCUCUGACCUUGUCUGGAGUAACCCCCGUUACCUAAUUGGUUCCGGGGACAAUCCUACCAUUGUCCAGGAAGGCUGUCGGUACAACGUCAUGCACGUGGCGGCCAAGGAGAACCAGGCUUAUCUCUGCCAGCUGACACUGGAGACGCUGGAGAACCCCGAGUUCAUGCGGCUCAUGUACCCCGAUGACGACGAGAGCAUGCUGCGCAAGCGCAUCCGCUACAUCGUGGACCUGUAUCUGAACACGCCCGACAAGAUGGGCUAUGAUACACCCCUGCAUUUUGCAUGCAAGUUUGGGAAUGCAGAGGUGGUCAGAAUCCUUACUUCCCACCCUUUGAUUGUAAAAAAUCCCAAGAAUAAAUAUGAGAAGACACCUGAAGAUGUAAUUUGUGAAAGAAGUAAAAGUAAAUCUCUGGAAUUGAAGGAGCAAAUCAGAGAAUAUUUACAGGGUCACUACUAUGUGCCGCUCCUGAGAGCAGAGGACACAUCCUCGCCAGUGAUUGGGGAGCUGUGGUCAUCCGACCAGACGGCUGAUGCACUGCCCACCUCUCGCUUUGGGGGAAGCCCCCGAGACCCCAUUCUGACUCUGAGAGCCUUUGCAGGGCCCCUGAGCCCAUCCAAGGCUGAAGAAUUCCGCAAACUCUGGAAAACUCCACCUCGAGGGAAGGCAGGUUUCUUCCAUAAUGUCAGGAAGUCGGAUCCAGAAAGAGGCGUUGAAAGAGUGGGAAGGGAGUUAGCACAUGACCUGGGGUACCCCUGGGGUGAAUACUGGGAAUUCCUGGGCUGUUUUGUCGAUCUGUCUUCCCAGGAGGGCCUGCAGAAACUAGAAGAGUAUCUCACUCAGCAAGAAAUGGGCCGAAAGACCCACCUAGAACCAGGAGCAAAUGAAGCUCAUCUCCAAGACCAAGGUGAGGGCGACAACUCCAUUUCCGUGAGGGCGUUUCUCGAUGAAGAUGAGGACAUUAGCUUGGAGGAGUUUAAGAAUCGGCAGAACACAGCUCGCAGUGCAUACCAGCCCCUGGCUGGAGCCUCUGGAGACCCGGGGCAGGACAUUCUCUCUGCGGAACAAGAUGCACACUACGCAGACAGCCCGGAUGCCAGAGACACCCAGGAGCGUGACAGCAAGAACGGGGUCUGCAGUCCGGAUCCGAUCAAGCUCUGGAGGCGGAAGAGGCCCAUGGGCUGCGCUGGGGAGGAAGAAGGCCUUUUCUCUCCCGUCUCCAGCUUAACUGUUGAGUUUGACAAACUGCAUCUGCAAACGCCAGGGAGCAGCUCUUGUCAGACACCAAGUAACAGAGACACGAAGGUCCCGACACCGAGAAGGGCCUCGGCAGGAGGUGAAUUAGAACCAGCACCUGCUCUGGAAAAGUGUGGGAAUGACCCAGUACGGACAGAGAAGGAGAUGUCAGAUGAGAUUGCAAGGAUGUCGCUGGAUGCCAGCAGCCGUGGAUGUGCGGGCCUGCGAGGCUGCAGCCCCACACUCCAGCCCCUGUCCUUGGAGCCAGCCCCUAGGCUCUUCCUGCUCGGAGAAGAGCCUUCAAAGCUGGACCGGGAUGUGCUCGCUGCCCUGGAGUGUGCGGACGUCGACCCUUGUCAGUACCCGGCUGUCCUAAGGUGGAAGCGCACUGUGCUGGCCUACUCACCCUUGGACAGACAGAGUUGGCCAAGCCCUGCAGUGAAAGGGAAGUUCAAGCUUCAGCGGCCGGAUCUUGGCUCUCCCUACAGCUGCAGCCCGGGAAGAUGUGGACCAGCUGCCGGCAGUCCUGGGAAGGCCAGCGUCUCCCCAUACUCGCCGGGUGUGGGUAGUCCUGGGCGGUAUAGCCCCGUGCACGGCGGCCCCUUCCGCAGGAUGGCAUGCCGGGCUGAGCUGGCAGCGCUGUGA